AUGACAAACUUGAUAGUAUACAUUGCUUUUUUCAUUUAUUGCCAAGCUGCCAACCAAAAUCAGGCACCUAUGCCAAGAGCAGGAGGAGAUAUGCAACCUAUGCAAGCAGGAGUAGCUGCGGAGGUUAUCACAGAUUAUAAAGCUGAUGAGUUAUGGGAAGAUGGUCGAUUAAUAGCAACAACAAAAAUAGAAGAGUCAAUAAUGAUGAAUUGUGGUUCAAUGGAAGAUGAAAAAUUGUUUAUUUUGGAGGAGAAACCGUUUCUAUUUUUGGGAAACUCUCUUAAUUUGAUAAAGUGA